GCUGUCGUGGCCUUCUAAGGGAAACGUCAUCAAUAGGCUCUUUCUUGUAGUGGUCUGAAUCGGCUGGAGUUCAGUAACAGAGGCAGUCAACUAGAUUCGUUCUUUUCCCAGCAGGCUCCUGAAACAUAUACAAUUAAACAAAAUGCCUGGACCAGCAGCUAGUGCAACAAAUGUUGGCGCCUCCAGCCGUUCCCCCAGUAAGACAGUAGCCCCCCGCACCGCUGGCACCUCAGCCCGACAGAGGAAAGCCCCUAGCAGUGGUGCACGCAGCGGAGGCCGGUCUACAGCAUCAGCUGGCACAGGAGGAAUGUGGCGCUUUUACACUGAGGACUCACCAGGACUUAAAGUUGGUCCGGUUCCAGUUUUGGUGAUGAGCCUGCUAUUUAUUGCAUCUGUGUUCAUGCUGCACAUCUGGGGCAAAUACACCCGCUCCUAAACCUGCAUGACCUCUGAACUCCGACCCUGAAGCCUGUCACCGAAUCUUAAGCCAUUGGACUUGGACCAAACUCUGACCAUCAACACCCCCAUCCCUUUUCCUUUAUUAAAACCAUUUCAAGGGUUUGUUUUACCCCAUACAAGUUUACCCAGCCACUACAACCAUUUGCUAAAUUUAAAAAACAUUUUUUUUUUUUUUUUUUUU